GAAAGUAAUUAUCUAUAUAGUUAACCCCAGUAGUAAACUCUAUUAUGGUAUUGUGUACACUAACCGUUUUGUUUUUUUUUUUAAAUGCUUGAAUGAUUUUAUAUUCAUAUGUGUAGUUAAAAUAAGACAUGGAAUGCUUUUAAAUUUAUAUGUGUAGCUAAAAUAAGAUAUACAGUGCUUUUAAAUGAAUACGGGUUAUGUUAUAUUAUUUUAUGAGUAAUAGAAAUAUUGUUUGAUAGUCCUCACCCGAUGAUUCGUUUGUCUAUGCAUACCCUACAUUGCUUUCCCCUUGGACCGACUCAUUUGCUCUCGCUGUCUGCCUGUUCUCAUCCUUACGCCAACCUCCCCCACAUGGUCGCCGCCGGCGCGGCGAUGCCUGUUCCUUCUCCGAGGACCGCCUCCCCGCCGAGGUUCUCCACAGCUUUCGCCGCCGUCGCCGCCCCAGGCCGGAGGCGGAGGCCGACAAGGACGCGGCUACGUCCAGCUCCGCGGCCGAGAAAGUGCCGGACGAGUGGGGAGGCGAAUCUAGCGGUCGCGGAUGGUGUGGCUGAUCGCAGAGGCGCCGCUUGAGGAAGAGCCGGCGGUGAUGAAGAGGAGGGCGAGCCCGCAGUCGCCCCUCGAUCUGUGCCGCAGCGCGUCGGCGAGCUCCGCAGAGAAGCCGGAGGUGGCGCCGAGGUCUCUGGCCCUUGCGGACGAAGCUUGCUGCAUCGAGGUCGUGGCGGCGCCGUCGAUUCCGGCCUCCGCCCUCAUCCGACGGCCAGCGGCGCGGAAGAUGACAAAGCUGGAGCUGCAGGCGAUGGAACGGACGCUGUUUGAAGAAAGGGCGAAGCUUCGCAAGAGCUCCCUAUCCUACAAGAUGAUGGUCCUGCCACCGACUUCUAUGGCCGAUUUUCAAAUCGGGAACGGAGUUAUAGAGAUGGUGGUUCUGGGGAACAAAGUCAGAGGGUUUCGAGAAGUUGGAGUGGACGAAAACUAUGUCAGUGAUGAUGGCUAUGGACGGGGUGGGCAAGCAUCCAGAUAUGACAAUAGCUGGUCUCAAAACGCUAAGUCACGAAGAAACAAUGAAGACGACGGGCUAAUUGGUGAAAGAUCUAGUCGUGCACCCUCAUUUGGCAACCGAGAAAGAGGAUUUGCAGAUGCUGGCUUUAAUUGCGACCGGUCUGGCCACCAUGCUUCAUAAUGUCCAAACAAGUGGAAACUUUCACAGACAUUCUCACCGAAUUCGUCCUUAUCCUUCAGCUCUUAGAUGUCUUCAAGAUCCAAUGGCUGACUGCAUAGAA